ACCAACACAAGUGUGCUCAGUCACUGCUCUCAGCUCCAGCCUCUGCUCUCUCCAUAAACCAGCCAUUUAUCAUCAAUCAUGGCCGCCGGAGUACAAAUCUAACUCCCGUCUUCUUCCCUCCCUGUCGUCAGGAGGAGGGGAGGAUUUUUUUGGGGGGAUUAUUUGUGUUUGUUUGAGGAAACAAAAAAACAAACAAACCCAUAAAGUCUCCCACUGAUUUUCUCUCCUGCUCGUGGAAUUACAACACACAUCUCGCUAAGGGAAAAUACCAUUCAUGUCAAGCCUCCAAAAUGCAGCCGCCGCCGAGGAAGGUCAAAGUGACACAGGAGCUGAAAAACACGCACACAGAGCAGAUGACGAGACUGCACUUAAAACACCAGACUGAAUGUGACCUGCUGGAAGACAUGAGGAGCUACAGUCUAAAGAAGGGGCAACUGGAAAGGGACUAUGCUCAGGCGCUGCAGAAGUUAGCAAGUCAGUACUUAAAGAGAGACUGGCCUGGAAUCAACCCCGAUGACCAGCGGACAGACUACAGGAACGUAUACGCAGUGUGGCGGUCGUAUUUAGAAGGUACUGUGCAGGUGAGCCAGUCCAGGCUCAACGUGUGUGACAACUACAAGAGUCAAGUGUCAGAUCCUGCAAAGACUGUUAGACUCUACAAGGAACAGCAACUCAAGAAGACCAUAGAUCAGUUGAGUGGCAUUCAGGCAGAGCUGCAAGAAUCGGUAAAGGAUUUGGCUAAAGCCAAGAAGAAGUACUACGACUGUGAACAGGUUGCCCACACUGUACGAGAGAAAGCCGACAUAGAGGCCAAGUCUAAACUGGGUCUUUUUCAGUCAAGAAUUAGUUUACAGAAAGCAAGCGUAAAGUUAAAAGCUAAGAGAAGUGACUGUAACUCCAAGGCGACACAAGCCAGGAAUGACUACUUGCUUACACUAGCCGCUGCCAACGCUCAUCAUGACCGCUAUUAUCAUACAGAUCUACUGCACUGCAUACAGGUCUUGGAUGGCAGAAUCUACGAGCAUGUGAAAGACUACCUGGUGUCAUUGUGUCAUACUGAAUUAGAGGCCUCCCAGGCUCCACACAGCACCUUCCAGUUCCUGUUGGACAAAUCCACCAGGUUAAUACAAGAGUUCAACCAGCAGUUGUUCAUGCAGGAGAAUCCAGUGUUUCACAAAGCACACGACUUCCAGUUCAAUCCUAGCGAAUAUGAUACGACCGUGAGCUCGGUGGAGCAGUUGGUGGACAUUGAACCGUCGCCCGUCAGUGCCAUGAGAAUGACCCUGGCACAGAGUCGUCAGCUGGAGUCAGAGACGGGGACGACGGAGGAACACAGUCUGAACAAGGAGGCCAGGAAGUGGGCGACCCGAGUGGCCAGGGAGCACAAGAACGUCAUUCAUUACAAGAGAUCUCUGGAGGAGUGUGAGAGCCAUGGCUUGCCGACCACAGAGCAAGGCAGACUAGACCUAGAGCUAAAGAUAGAAGACACCAAAGAAAACAUACGCAAAGCUGAGACAAUAAAAUUGAAAGCUGAAGCACGUUUGGACCUUCUGCGGCAAGUGGGAGUUUCUGUGGAUACUUGGCUGAAGAGCGCCAUGAACCAGGUAAUGGAGGAGCUGGAGAAUGAGCGUUGGGCCAGCUACACUUCCCAUGAUCCCUCACUGUCGGGCACAGUGGACUUGGAGCGUGAGGAAGGCGAGGAGUGUGAGGAGAAUAUGGAGGUCUUCGACGACAGCAGCUCCAGUCCCUCGGGAACCCUUCGGAACUACCCACUCACUUGCAAAGUCCUGUAUUCAUACAAGGCCUCUCAGCCGGACGAGUUAACUAUUGAUGAGCAGGAGAUGCUGGAGGUCAUCGAGGAUGGAGACAUGGAGGACUGGGUCAAGGCUCGCAAUAAGACGGGGCACGUUGGCUACGUCCCAGAGAAAUACCUGCAGUUCCCGACCUCCAACAGUCUCCUGAGUAUGCUCCAGUCUCUGGCGACGCUCGACGCUCGAUCACACACCUCGUCCAAUUCAACUGAGCCAGAGCUGCACUCUGGCUGCAUCAAUGGAGACACAAACAUGGUUUAUGUCCGUGCACUUUAUGAUUAUGAGGGCCAGGCGGACGAGGAGCUCUCGUUCUCCGAGGGAGCCGUGAUUCGCCUGUUGAGUCGUGACACUCAGACGGACGACGGUUUCUGGGAGGGCGAGCUCAAUGGACGGGUGGGCGUCUUCCCCUCUGUACUGGUAGAAGAUUUCACUGAAAAUGGGGAGACCAGAGGAGGAGGAGGAGGAGGAGGAGGAGGGCUGGGUGACAUACAGAUUUCUCCAUCAGUAAAGUUGCCGCCCUCUCUGCCUCCUCUUCCACUGUACGACCAACCUCCCAUCAGCCCUUUCACCAGCCCCGAGACCUCCACUCCACCUCCUCUCCCGCGUUCACCCUCUGCACUUAACGGGGAGCACAAGCCUCCACUGCCUGCCUCGUCACACAAGGGACCACUUUCCACUCACAAUCACAGCUCUGGCAGGAGUCCAGUGUCUCCGGGUUUUGCUCAGACUCAACCACAGCGAUUCACCUCUGAAGGAGGCCCGGGGAAACUACGACCUGUGCGAGCUGCACCUCCUCCACCUAAGCAGCACUCACGGAGGCAGCAGGAGAAGAACGACAAGACGGAGGAGGUGGAGAUCACGCUGGUGUGACUGACACACUGACAGACUUUUUUCUACAGGCUGAGGAAACCGAACAGCUCUGAAGUUAAAGAAUGAGCUUUAAUGAACGACUGAUGUGAAGUAAAAACUGAACUGAACCACGGCGACCCCCUCCAGCGUCCGUCGUCCUCCUCGAGCGGAGGAGGACAAAAACAGCAGAUAACGUAUUCAAUUAAAUAAUUGUAUUAGAUUCCUAAUCAAAUGCAGCAGUCUCACAUCUCAUCGCCA